AUGUUUCCUCCACCGCAAGGCAUCAGCCUCAACAUCGAGGCUUUGAGUGGCAUUUGCGGCUCGAUAUCUAUAGCCUGCUGGGUUGUUGUCUACUCCCCUCAAAUCAUCGAGAACUUCCGCAGGAGCUCCGCCGAUGGCCUGUCGAUCGUCUUCCUCGUGGUCUGGUCGCUGGGCGAUCUGUCCAACAUCUUGGGGGCAGUGCUUCAGGGAGUUCUUCCGACCAUGAUCAUCCUGGCACUGUAUUACGCGCUCGCAGAUAUUGUGCUUCUUGGACAGGUCUUUUAUUACCGAGGGCUUACCCUGUCGGACAGAGUCGAGGAGCCAGAAGAAGAAUCGCCAGAAGAGCAACCACUCCUAGCAAGGAGUGAUUCCGGUAUCAUCGGCUCUCAUGCAUCCAGAUAUGACGAGAGAGCACGAAGGGGAUCACUUUCAGGAGUGGCCCGCCACCUUAUCAAUGUUGAUGGGACACAUUUAUCACCUGCCACACCACUCCUAAAUCCGCCGAAAGUGGAUGAUCUUCCCGCCGUUAACAACGUCCGGCAAACUACCACUCUCCAAGCCUUCUAUUUCAACACAUUUUCCAUAUUGUUAGUCUGUGGAGCAGGUGUACUUGGCUGGUGGAUUGGUCAGCGGUCAAGUCGCACCAGGCAUACGGAGGAUGAUUCUCCAUCUUUCCCACAGUUCGACAUUCUUGGACAAAUCUUUGGAUGGCUAUGCGCUGCACUGUAUCUGGGAAGCCGAAUUCCGCAGCUGCUGCUCAACUAUCGCCGUAAGAAUACUGAAGGUGUUUCGUUGCUGUUCUUCCUCUUCGCCUGCCUUGGAAAUCUUACAUACGUCAUGUCGAUUUUUGCCUAUUCUCCCAUAUGCAGACAUUCUGGUGACUGCAAGCGUGGUGAGAGAGCGCAGAUAUAUAUUCGGUACAUAUUAGUGAAUGCGUCGUGGAUUGUUGGCAGCGCUGGGACUUUGUUGCUUGAUAUGGGUAUAUUCUGGCAAUUCUUCCUCUACAAGAAAGAUGACGGAUAA